AUGGCCCCUGAAUCCGUUGUAGCUAUCCGUGGUACUAAGCAGGUUCGUCAAACCACCGGUGCAGAACGAGGAACUAAUGUUUCUAUGAUAUGCUUUGGAAACGCUGCAGGAGGUUUUAUUCCUCCAGCUUAUGUCUUUCCGCUAAAGAAUGUCAACCGAAAAAGUAUGAAUAACUCAGUUCCUGGUUCAAUUGCUUUUGCAAACGGAACUGGUUGGGUUGAUGGGAACAUCAUGGUUGAUGUCAUAGAUCAUGUACAGCAUUAUGUGCAAAGCAGCCAAGAAAAUGCAGUCCUAAUCGUUUGGGAUAAUUUCUCUGCUCACUUGGAUUACCUAGUUGUUAAGAAAGCAAAAGACUACGGCAUGGAGCUUAUUACUUUGCCUCCCCACACCUCCCAUAAGCUACAACCGUUGGAUGUGUCGGUGUUUGCAGCGCUAAAAAAGUAUAUUAUGACAGCUCACAUGGAAUGGUAUCGCAAUAAUCCUGGCAAGCGAAUCACCAUCCAUGAAGUAGCAGGAUUAUCAAGGGAUCCUUUCCAUAAGGCUAUGACUCCAUCUAAUUUAAUUUCUGGUUUCAAAAGAGCUGGGAUCUACCCUUUCACAAUGUUACAACCGGAAGACCCGCGUUUCUCAUCAGCUUUGAUUACUGAUCUGCAAGCUCCAUCGCAACAAAAUAAUGCACAAGAUCUAGUUGGUCAUGAAAUACAGACCCCACAGCAGUCCAUAGAGAUCGAAGGUUCGAAUAAAAUUCAGACGGCGGAGGACGAAGAUGAUGAAAUGGAUUUUGCAAAGGAAGAAGGGAACAUUCUGACUCGUGACUGUUAUGUUUUAGGCAGCACAGUGGCUUCGACAGAAGUCGAUAAUCGGCAACCACUGGGAAAUAGUGAUAGAGAAACCGUUGAAGGAGGAGAUGGAACAAGUCAAUCAAGAUCGGCCAAAUGUGAAACUCCCCUUAGAGCGAAUAUGACGGCGAAUCGUGUGCGUUUAGCAGAAAUUAUGCCCAUUCCAAAAGUCAUACAAAAUGGUCCUAGACACAAGAGCAGAAUCCGUAUUGGAAGAAGCCGCGUGUUAACUGAUCCCGAGGAAAUGGCUCAACUAGAAACGGAUUAUAAAAAUAAAAAAAAAGGAGAUGGAAAAGGAGAAAUCGAAGAGAACACGAGCGGCUAA